UCGCGGUCGCUGUUACUGCCGCGCUACCUUUGCGGCUCUGGAGCUACGCUGUCGGCGUUGGCGGCGCGAGGGAAGGGAAGGGACCUGCGGGGCGUGUGUGUGCGCGCGCGAGGGGCGCCUCGGUGCUAGCAGUUCCCCUCGCGCGGGGUGGGCGGCCAAGGUGAGCAGCAGUCGGCGAGGCCCUGGACGGCGCCAUGUCGGCGGGCGGCCCAUGCCCGGCGGGAGCCGGCAGCGGCCCAGGGGGCGCCUCCUGCCCUGUUGGGGUCUCCCCUGGUGGAGUGUCCAUGUUUCGGUGGCUUGAAGUGCUCGAGAAGGAGUUCGACAAGGCCUUUGUGGAUGUGGAUCUUCUUCUGGGCGAGAUCGAUCCGGACCAGGCGGACAUCACUUAUGAGGGGCGUCAGAAGAUGACCAGCCUUAGCUCCUGCUUUGCGCAGCUUUGCCACAAAGCCCAGACUGUGUCUCAGAUCAACCACAAGCUUGAGGCCCAGUUGGUGGAUCUGCGGUCUGAACUGACUGAGACUCAGGCAGAGAAAGUUGUCCUGGAGAAGGAAGUCCACGACCAGCUCCUACAGCUGCAUUCCACUCAGCUUCAGCUUCAUGCCAAAACUGGCCAAAGCGUUGACUCUGGUGCCAUUAAGGCAAAAUUGUCUGUUCACUCUAUGGAGGAUCUGGAAAGAGAACUUGAAGCAAAUAAAACAGAAAAGGUAAAAGAAGCUCGGCUUGAAGCUGAAGUGAAGCUGCUAAGGAAAGAGAACGAGGCUCUUCGCAGGCACAUAGCCGUUCUCCAGGCUGAAGUUUAUGGGGCGAGGUUGGCCGCCAAGUACUUGGACAAGGAGCUGGCUGGCAGGGUCCAACAAAUACAGUUACUGGGACGGGAUAUGAAGGGACCUGCUCAUGACAAGCUCUGGAACCAGUUAGAAGCUGAAAUACAUUUGCAUCGCCACAAAACAGUCAUCCGAGCCUGCAGAGGACGCCAGGACCUGAAGCGGCCCAUGCAGGCACCCCCAGGCCACGAUCAAGACUCUUUGAAGAAAAGCCAGGGAGUUGGUCCAAUUAGAAAAGUUCUCCUCCUUAAGGAAGAUCAUGAAGGCCUUGGCAUUUCUAUUACAGGUGGGAAGGAGCACGGUGUCCCCAUUCUCAUCUCGGAGAUCCAUCCAGGACAGCCUGCGGAUAGGUGUGGAGGGCUCCAUGUCGGAGAUGCUGUUCUGGCAGUAAAUGGCGUUAACCUAAGGGACACAAAGCACAAAGAAGCCGUGACCAUACUUUCCCAGCAGAGAGGAGAGAUUGAAUUUGAAGUAGUCUACGUGGCCCCUGAAGUGGAUUCUGAUGAUGAAAAUGUCGAGUAUGAAGACGAGAGUGGGCACCGCUACCGUUUGUAUCUUGAUGAGUUAGAAGGCGGUGGUAAUUCUGGUGCUAGUUGCAAAGACAGCAGUGGUGAAAUGAAAGUGUUACAAGGAUAUAACAAGAAGACGGUGAGGGAUGCCCAUGAGAAUGGGGACGUGGGGGCUUCGGGUGAAAGCCCUCUGGACGACACUGCUGUGAGAGCAGCUCAUCCGCACAGCCUCCAUCAGAAGAAGGCCUACUAAUCCUUCCCAGACACGCUGCUGUCAGACUCGUGGAAUGUGGGGCACUGGAGAAGAUGGUGGCAAGGACUGCACAAGAUCAGGGAGGCUGUGUGUUGCCUAGAGUAAGGCGGGAACCUCAGGGCUUCAUGUGAACAAUUCUAAGUGCAUAAACCCCUGUUUUCUGUGGUACACCUUAAUUAGCUAUUGCAUGGAAGGCAAUUUUGAUUUUCCUGAAAUCUAAGCACCAAAGCAUGUGUUUCCCAAAGGGGUAUUACCAGGCCGAGUGGAUGCUGUUUCCUUUGGCUCCUUUUCAUAUUUAACAGGACAGUGCUAACUGGAAUUUUCUAAGUUCCCUUUAAAUACAGCAGAGUAAAUGAUGCCAUAGAUUCCCUAAGGGUAACUGUGGAAUUUCAGAUGAUAGAACUUGACUCAGUGAAUUGCAAAAAUCUAGGUUGACAUUUUUGCUUAAUUGAAAAAUUUGUUCCAGGUUUUUUAAAGAAGUAUAUUGUACAUUCCUGAUAUCUGAAUUAACUCUUUGUACCUAAAUUACUAUCUAAAUCAUUAUGCCGAGCUCACUCUCCGUUUACUCAGCUGCGGUAUAGACUAGUUUCUUUAGGCAAUCUUGUAUCAAUCAGUGCUGCACUAGAAUAGUCUGGGAAAGCAACUGGACAUUUCACUUUAGAUUGUGAAAGGAAGCGCAGAGGAGCGGAAAUGCCUGUUUUCAAUUAUGUUGAUCUGUGUGCAUGGUGUUGGAGCAUUACACUGUUAGUGUCUGGAAUCCACGAAAGACAGUUUUAUACAUUUUUGAGUUGUUCCUAAGCUUUGACAUGUGAUAGUCGGGAACCUUACUAUGUCAUGGAAUACAUUGUGUUCAAACAGCAGUUGGCUUUACGUACCUGACUUGCCAGUCAUUUAACAAGCCGGGGCCAAGGUGGGCAAGAUGAGGUACAGACAGUUUGGCACAGUGAGCACAUCGAUUUUCAUAUCAGUAUAUGUUGGACUAAAGCAAUACUCGCGUGCAAGCUCUGUAAAUGUGUUAGUUCUCUCGUGUCAGAACUAAGCAGACUGCCUGCUCCCUUCUUUCCUGACCUACAGGCCAUUGCACCCUGCCAGGCAAAGUCAAAAUACUGUAUUUAAAGAGGUGAUUUUUGCAAAGUCACUGUUUUAAAGGAUUUAUACCUAAGGGAAUUGUAAGUAGGAGAAGCCUUCAUAUAAGGCUUUCACAGUAUCAGUAUCUCUUCCUUGGUAUGCUUGUUUUUCCCAGAUGCAUUAUAUAUUUGUUCAAAGUUGAAUCUAUAAAAUGUAUAUACUUUAUUUUGUGAUUUUGCUAUUUAUAAAUUUACUUAACUGUUGCCCAUUCAUGGUCUGUGGUGGUUCUUCCUGGUGUCACCAUGUUAACGGUGGCUGGCAGUGCACUUUGUCUGUAUCUUGUUCCUCGUGCUGAGAUGCCUUGUAGUGUAACAUUGCCUGUAAACAAGGUUAGCAUUUCAAUUGUACAAAUGAAUAAACACCUUACAUAUUACUGUUUGCUCCUGACAGGCUAGGCCUCUUAAAAGAAGGAUUGUUUUUUCCUCACGUAUUCCUCCCACACCGAAUACAUACCCCAGUGCAUGACCUGAGACCUUCAAAGUAGGUGGUAGCCAAUGUGUUCAUUUAGGAAAAAGUAUCCAUGGUAACAGAUCUGAAACCAUUUUUGCUUUGACCUGAAACCAUGUUGCUCCUAUAUCCUUUCAACCUUUCAAUGUUGCCUGGGAAUGACCAUGGCCGUUUUCUUCUCCUUUUUCUUCAAACAUUAUAUGCCUUAUAUACGAUGAUUGAAUCACUAGGAAAUGUAAGCUAUAACCCUUUGAAUUCUUCAAGAUCUUCACAGUAAACAUGGAAGCAGAAUUUUAGAGAAACAGAUUGAACAUUUCUGUGCGCUGCCUGUGAGGGAUUGUGUGAAAUGGGUACGGAGUAUAUUUAGAAAGAGUAGUUUAUGGUUCCGCGGGUCAGUCUUCACAUCUCUCUCUGCUUUGGAAGCACAUGCGAGCUCAGUGGCGGGAGUGCUGCUCUGAAAGAGAGCAUCUGGUAUUCUCCCAGGCCUAGCUGGGAGUUCACUUGAGAGUGUGUGAUCACUAGGGAUGAACUAGGUAGUCAAACCCUUCCCAAAGCAUUUAAUGAAAAAUAGUUUUUAUAUUUCAUAGGAAAGACGCCCAUAUAACACUGAAUCUUACUGAACAAAGCCAAAAAGUGGGCGGAAAGCCGUUGCAAAGCCAUUACAAUGAAAACGUGUUGAGUAGAACUUGAGAGGUAUGUGUGCAGACGCAGUCACACUUACUGUGCAGAAUUGUCUUCUGCAGUUCUCUAACGAGCAUGAUAGAAGCGACACAUUUGAGUUAGGGAUUAUUGUUAAAUUAAAUUAAGAGAGAUGAAGAGCUUGCGUGUCUGUUGGUUAGAAUUGAGCAAUGACAAAUAGCCUGUCCAUGGUGCUGGAAUAGGCCCCACAGCAGUGGGCUUCCGUUUUCAUAGUUUAAAACAAAAAUAUAUUGAUUCACAUAUAAGGUGAUUUAUGAUAAUUGUAUUAUAUCUAGUUAAGUUUCAUAUUCUUAAUUAGCCUGUAAAUAAAAAUGACAUCUUCAACAUUAAAGUGGUAUUGAUCAGAUUUGAAGGAAAAUAAAUGUUUUCUCUUUCAUUCACUUAAA